AAAAGAUGGAAGGAUGAAGAUGUAAAAGCAUGUAUGGAUAGUUGGGAGAUAAGAAAUCUUCAUAGACUGAUGCCUGGCAGGAUCAGAGGCUUUUGAAUGCGCUAUGCCCAAAGCCAGUCGCAGUAAUGGGUCAUUUCCCGCACCGAAACACCCACAGCCCAACGAUGAAGCCGUUCAAGACGCUGCAAAAGGGUGCAUUCACUGUUCCAUCUUGACCUGUAUCCAAUGCGACAGAGACACCACAGAUUUCCAAGCAUACAUGGCGAACAUCGACCCACCGCCGUCAAGGCCGGUCAAGGCCGACCCAAAAAUGUCGCAUAUCCAUGUCGCUCACCUUGAUCCUUAUCAGAGACACACCUUGCCAUGCUGGAUUAUCAUUCAUUGCGUUCGAAAUACUGAUCUGGCGGAUGUGCGGCCGAUGUUUGAGAUGUUGAAGGGUGGGCGAUUCGACUGGCAGCCUUCUGCAGACAUUCCAGCAACAAACUGAUCGAGAAAGCCAGUGUACGCUUUGUAGUUUGGGCAUUGUCGACCACAUUCCCAAGCAACAUCAUUUC